AUAACUAAUUUUUUUGCUAGCCUUAAAGUUUCUUUUUGAUAUAAUUUCAGAUAAAUGUAAGAUUGCAGUACUUCAAUUAUUCAUUUUACAUAUCAAAAAAUGAAAUAUUCAGGUUCAUAUAAAAUGUCAUGUUGGAAGAGAAUAAGAAGAUAUUUGGUUAAUGAUAGGUUAAUAAGGAGUGACAAUCUAGAGCUAAUUUUAGAUUUAGAACAUUCUUUGUCAGUGCUAGAACUGGAUGUAUGUGCUUUAAAUAGAUCAUGUUUACUCUUAGAGACAGAAAAUAGAUUAAGGUAGCUUAGAAAUUACUUUGAUCAAGGACAAGUUUUUCUCUAAUGUGGGCUUUUGGGUUUUCUAACUGAAAUGGUAAGUGCUCCCAAAUAGGGAAUUCUUUAUCCAGGUGACAUGAAACCACAUUGACUGGUGGUCUUACAAAAGUUACUUUUUAUAAUUGAUGUGAAUGGGAUGAUACACUGAGCUUAUAGUUCAGAGUGAGCCUGGAAUUUUUCCUUAUAGCAGCUCUCUGUGGAUAGAUAGAGAUUAGGUUUUUCAACCUCAAGCCCUAUUGAUAUUUGGAGCUGGACAGUUAUUUGUAGACAAUUGUUCGCUGCAUAUAAUGGUAUUUAGCAAUAUUCCUUGCCACUAGAUGCCCCCAAUUGUGACAACCAAUAAUACCUCCUGAGAUUACCAAAUAUCCCAUAGAGGGCAAAAUUGCCUCCAAUGAGAGCUGCUUCUAAGAGCUAUCUGUCUACCCUGACUUGGGAGUGUGGUAAACUGGGGUAGCUGUGCUCAUUAACUGACCAUUGCAGUUGCAUGUGUUUUCAUGGAAAGGAACAGGAUAAAAGAGAAAAUAGAAAAAUGAAUACAUAUGAAAGGUAUUUUAGGAUUUAAAAAAAAAUUUUAAAGAUUUAUUUAUUCAUGCAUACAAGAGCUGGAGUACAGGCCAGAAGUGUGGGGGGCGAGAGGAUUCAUCAAAGACAGAGUGGGGAACAGAAGAGGCAGACUGAGUGAAAUAUACUGCAGCCGGAGAGUCAGGAGAGGUCUGCUGUGCCAUGUGGGUUGCUCCCUGGCUGGGGACUGAAUUUGUGCUGCAGUGGUUGCAGAUAGCUUCAUAGGUUGCGUCUUAACCCCUUGCGCCACCAGGGAGGCCCUAGGAUUUGUUUUUAAUGAUGCAAUAUGUAAAUGCAAGUAAACAAAAUUUAAACUGGCAAACUAAUGGAAAUGAUACAGAAUAAAGACGUGAUUAGAAUUAUUUUAGAAUUAUUUUAGAAACAUUGGUAGAUUGGGUAUUGAAUAAGUUACAUAGAUGAUCUUCCCUUGUGUGGAGUAUGUGUUCUUUCUAUAUUUACAUAUUUCAACCUUCUUGAGAAUUAACAUUUUAUUUUAUUUUUUUAAAGAUUUAUUUAUUUAUGCAUACAAGAGCUGGGGUAUAGGCCAGAGAUGCGGGAGUAAGAAGAUUCCCCAGAAAGAAACAGAGUGGGGAACAGAACAGGCAGACUGAUUGAAACACACUGCUGAGGGGGAGCAUUGGGUGAGACAGGAGAGGUCUGCUGCGCCAUGUGGUUUCUGGCCGGUUGGUUGGGGAUUGAACUCGUGCUGCAGAGGCUGUAUUUUGUUUCAUAAGUGCAGUGCUUAACCCCUUGCGCCACCAGGGAGGCCCCACAUUAUUUAUUUAAAAAAACCUAUUUAUCUCCCUUCAGAUACGUAAUGAGGGAAUGAUAAGCAGAUUGGUUUGGCUGGGAAAAGCAGCAUAGAAAUGAAAAAUCAACUAAAAAUAAAAUGUGGGCAAGCAGAGAAGGAUCUCAAAGACCUAGUGGUUUAGAUUUCUGUAAGUAAUUGAAAUUAUCCCGAGCCAGGAACGUGAGGAAGAAUAUUUACGUAAAAUAUGUUACUGGGAAGAUAUAUAAAAGCCAAUGUAUAAGUAGAAGACUUAAGAGUUUUGAAUAAAGUUCAACUUUAGAAAGUUCAAAAUGUAAAUUCAAUUAAGAUUGACAGACCUUGGUAUAUUACAGAGUCCAGAUUCUCAAUUUAGCCUACAGAACUCUAGUAAAGAUCUUAUGGUUAAUAUAGAGAAAAAUCUGGAAAGUGUUUUGUGGAAGAAGGGUUGGUUUGUUUUCAGUCAUGAGUUGUGUUACUUAGAAGCAUAGAAGUUUCAAACUGGUUGCAGAAUAUGACUACUUUGUUUCAGUGCGUGAUACUUAAGAUCCUUGGUGUUUCCCUUGUUAUUAAAGUUGAAACCUUGUUAAAGUAGAAAUCUCUCUUGAGCCAAGCUUUCUUCUAUCCAUAGUUAUUUGUUUGUUUUAUUCUCCACCAUAACAGGAGUCUGGCCAGGAAAGAUAGGUCAAGUGCUGAACAGCUGCUUAUCAGAAGAGAAAGUGCUAGGCAGGAAAAUCUUGAAUCUUUAAAACACGACAUCCUAUAAUAAAUCCAUCAGAAUGACUCCUUCUCAGGUUACCUUUGAAAUCAAAGGAUCUCUUUUACCAGGAGAAGUUUUUGCAAUCUGUGGAAGCUGUGAUGUUUUGGGAAACUGGAAUCCUCAAAAUGCUGUGGCUCUUUGUCCAGAAAAUGAGACUGGUGAAAGCAUGUUAUGGAAAGCCACCAUAACACUCAAUAGAGGAGUAUCAGUUGAGUAUCGCUACUUCAAAGGGUGCUUCUUAGAACCAAAGACUAUCGGUGGUCCAUGUCAAGUCAUAGUUCACAAGUGGGAGACUCAUCUACAACCACGAUCAAUAACCCCUUUAGAAAGUGAAAUUAUUAUUGACGAUGGACAAUUUGGGAUCCACAAUGGUGUUGAGACUCUGGAUUCUGGAUGGCUGACAUGUCAGACGGAAAUAAGAUUACGUUUGCAUUAUUCUGAAAAACCUCCUGUCUCAAUUACAAAGAAACAAUUAAAAAAAUCUAGAUUUAGAGUAAAGCUGACGCUCGAGGGUCUGGAGGAAGAUGACGAUGAUAGGGUGUCGCCCACUGUUCUUCACAAAAUGUCCAAUAGCCUGGAGAUAUCCUUAAUAAGUGACAAUGAGUUCAAAUGUAGGCACUCUCAGCCAGAGUGUGGGUAUGGCUUACAGCCUGAUCGUUGGACAGAGUAUAGCAUACAGACAAUGGAGCCAGAUAACCUGGAACUCAUAUUUGAUUUUUUUGAGGAAGAUCUCAGUGAACAUGUAGUUCAGGGGGAUGCCCUUCCUGGACAUGUGGGUACAGCAUGCCUCUUAUCAUCUACCAUUGCUGAGAGUGGGAAGAGUGCUGGAAUCCUUAUUCUUCCCAUCAUGAGCAGAAAUUCCAGAAAAACAAUAGGGAAAGUACGAGUUGACUAUAUAAUUAUUAAGCCAUUACCAGGAUACAAUUGUGACAUGAAAUCUUCAUUUUCCAAGUAUUGGAAGCCAAGAAUACCAUUGGAUGUUGGACAUCGAGGUGCAGGAAAUUCUACAACAACUGCUCAGCUUGCUAAAGUUCAAGAAAAUACUAUUGCUUCUUUAAGAAAUGCUGCUAGUCACGGUGCAGCCUUUGUGGAAUUUGAUGUACAUCUUUCAAAAGAUUUUGUGCCUGUGGUGUAUCAUGAUCUCACCUGUUGCUUGACUAUGAAAAAGAAAUUUGAUGCUGAUCCUGUUGAAUUAUUUGAAAUUCCAGUAAAGGAAUUAACAUUUGACCAACUGCAGUUGUUAAAGCUCACUCAUGUGACUGCACUAAAAUCUAAAGAUCUGAAAGAAUCUGUGGUAGAGGAAGAAAAUUCCUUCUCUGAAAAUCAGCCAUUUCCUUCUCUUAAAAUGGUUUUAGAGUCUUUACCAGAAGAUGUAGGAUUUAACAUAGAAAUAAAAUGGAUCUGCCAACAAAGGGAUGGAAUUUGGGAUGGUAACUUAUCGACAUAUUUUGACAUGAAUCUGUUUUUAGAUAUAAUUUUAAAAACUGUCUUAGAAAAUUCUGGGAAGAGGAGAAUAGUGUUUUCUUCAUUUGAUGCAGAUAUUUGCACAAUGGUUCGGCAAAAGCAGAACAAAUAUCCUAUAUUAUUUUUGACUCAAGGAAAAUCUGAUAUAUACCCUGAACUCAUGGACCUCAGAUCACGGACAACCCCUAUUGCAAUGAGCUUUGCACAGUUCGAAAAUCUUCUGGGGAUAAAUGCACAUUCUGAAGACCUGCUCAGAAACCCAUCCUAUAUUCAAGAGGCUAAAGCUAAGGGACUAGUCAUAUUCUGCUGGGGUGAUGAUACAAAUGAUCCUGAGAACAGAAGGAAGUUGAAGGAAUUUGGAGUUAAUGGUCUAAUUUAUGAUAGGAUAUAUGAUUGGAUGCCUGAACAGCCAAAUAUAUUUCAAGUGGAGCAGUUGGAACGCCUGAAGCAAGAAUUACCAGAGCUUAAGAGCUGUCUGUGUCCCACUGUUAGCCGCUUUGUUCCCUCAUCUUUGUGUGGGGAGCCUGACAUCCAUGUGGAUGCCAACGGCAUCGAUAAUGUGGACAGUACUUAGUUUUUGUUGAGCAGAGGCCAUUUGGGGGCUUGCACCACUGUUCUGGGUGUUCACUUUUCAUCCUUGAACUUUGUUUUCUCUGCCUUUUAGGGUUCUCAGUCCAAUGAAGCAAUAAUGAAGUAUUUUACUAUUUCACUACAGUUCUUGCUAGAAUUUCAAGUAUGCUACUUAAAUCACUUGGCCAGGUAUAAUUACCAGUCAGUCUCUUUACAAUGAGAAAAUUUAUUGAUUGGUAAAUAUUUUAAACUAAACAUGUAAAUGUAUAAUAUUAAACAAAUAUUCAUUAAAAGCAUAGCAUUUUGAAGUUACCUAUAUAACUAUCUUAUAUUUACAUUUCUUACAGCUUUUCAUUUGAUCAGGUCUGAAAUAAUUAGCACUUGGGAAACAUGACUAUGCAUAAUUAUACCUGACCAUGGAAAAAAUAAGUACCUCAAAUGCAUGCAUUUGCACUGGUGAUUCCAACUGCACAAUCUUUGUGCCAUCUGUGUAUAUAUGUAUUUUUUUACAUGGAUUGACAUCCACAUAUACCAUUUUCAUUCAGUAUGAACCUUGAGGCUGCUGCCAUUUUCCCACUUAACCAAACCAAUGCCUGUGUAAACAGCCUGGAGGUAUCCUUGAAAGCUUAUUUCCUAAGUCUUUCAAAAGUUGUUUUGCAUUAAUGUUAAAAUUUCAGAACACUGCAGGGUAAUUUAAUGUAUAAAAUAUUAGAAGAAGUAUGUAUUGCAUACUUAGAAAAGUAGAUCAUAAUGUAUAAAUUUUAUUCAAUGCAUGCUUUAGGUUUUAAGCAUGAGAUUAUACAUGUUUACUGUAAGUCCUUGCAUCAGUGGUGCUAGGUGAGUGUGAGAAGGUGUCAAGGACUCAAAAUGUUUUGUUGCCUAAAAAAAAAAAAAGGCCUGUUUGUAGGCACUUUAAAUAUGCUUAUUUUAAGUGUCUCUCACUACCUAUUACACACCGUUGCUUUGUGGGUUUGUUUUGUGUGUUGUAUAGUAGUUUAAAUCGCCAUGCAAAAAAAUAAAUGUCCUGAAUUCUCAUUGGUUUUUUUAUUGGUUAACAUAUAUCAUGCAUGUAAUUUAUUUAGAAUUGGAGAAGAUCCUACUAAAUGCAUAUGCAUGUUUUUAGGAUUACACUAAGAUUUCUUUCAUAUGAGACAGUUUGCCUUGGCUUAACUGUAACUUAAGAAUGCAUGUUAAAGAAAAUACGCAGAUUUAUUUUCUUCCUUAUAAAAUGAAAUUUCAAGAAGGUGUUACUUUUGUAGAAUUGGCUCUAUAAUAUGAGAAAUUGGAAUUUAGUGUCUAAAGGGGUGACUUAUUUGCAUCUACGUUAUCCCUUGUUCUUUGCUAAAGUUUAUUCAUAUGUUAACAUAUUUUGGCAGUAGCUCAGAACCUGAGAUUUGGAAUUACAUAUUUUCUCUCUUUAUUUUUUAAGCCAAACAAUGCAAUUUGAUCAGCCUGAAAUCAUGUGGAGAAAUACUUUGAAAUCCUGUGAUAUUAUUAUGUUUGUAAUACAGAUAUUUAAUGGAAAAUAGCUUAGGAAAUGGAGUCUUCCGCAAAACUUCUGUAUACUUUUCCCAUGUUGAAUGAGAUUUUUCCAACACUGGUGUGAAUUAGCCACUUUUAGAAAAUUCCUGAAAAGAAUGUUUUUCUUCGUCUGCAGACUUUUGUACAAUACAGUUACCAUUACUUUAUGGUAACCUGAUUAGCCAUAUGUAUACAUUUCUAGUCCUGUUCAUUUGCUCCUCACCUGUACUUUUUCAGUUCCAGUUCUCCUUUGAAGACUUCAAGGUAAAGGGGAAGCAGAUCAUAAAGGGAUGAAGACAGGAUGAGGAAAGGCAGGCCUGUGGCCUGAGCAGUGUUAAUUUGCUUACAUGGACUUACAGUGACUGCUUGUGAGGGACAGACCCUCACUGCUCACUUUCUCUCCUGUUUCUUCCUGACCUCAGAAACCAGUGUUAGUAGGAGCAUUAGCUCCUGGUUUUGAUAGAGCUAAGUCUAGGUGUGCAGAUCACCAGCUGUUGCCCUGUACACUCUGGUCUGGCUGCACCAUGCUCCUAUACUGUCUGUGGCCGUGCACCCUCUACCUGGAAGCCUUCUCCUCCCUACAGACACUGUCUCCCUGCCAAACACAUUUCUCCUUAGCCGUUGUCCCCUCUUCUCUAACCCUUUGCCAAGACAUCAGAAUGGAUGAUCCGCCCUUUUUACUCCAUAGCCUUAUAUGGUCACACCUUGAUCACACGUGCAUAACAGUGAAUUCCAGGUAGUUCCAGUUGAUAUUUGUCUUACCUACCAGGCUGUGGGCGCUUCAAGGACAGGGACCUUGUCUUGUUUCUAUUUCCACAGAGCAUGGAACAUAAUAGAAAAUAAAUGUUGGAAUCAUUGGGAUAAUUUGUAUCAAAUGUCCUUUUGAAAUAAGAGAUUAUGUUUACUAAGAAUGUAAACUAAGAUUAAAUUGGUUUACAUUUUGACAAUUGGAACAGUUGAUGUCAAUUUUAAAUGUAGAGGUAGAGGUAUAAUGUUAAAUUAUUUUAUAUACUCUGGAAAUUGAGUGAAAUGUUUGAUAAAAUGCCGCCAUUGUUCUCUCUGGUAUUUUCUACUCUCUGGAAUUAUGUACUGUAACUGACUAGAUGUAAACGUGAGGGGUUGGUAGUGCCUGAGGGCUACCAUAACCACGCAUUUACCCAUUCCCAUUGUUCCUUUUGACACUAUUUUUCUCUCCAACACCCCCAUGUUUCUGCCUACCUCAGUCUCUUUCCUGCUCUGAAAUGCCUUCUCUGUCUCCCUUCAGUUUCCAGCUCAGGUGCCACCUCCUCCACGAAACCCUUUCCUCCACUUUUAAUCAGAAUCAUGAUGAUGCAAACAAAUGUAGACAGCCUCAAAAUCUCACUACUUUGUUGUGCAGCUGGGUUAGCAAGCACAACUGGUUCAGACUAGAACUGGGCUUUGUGACUUCUAAUCAUGUGUUCUUAAACUGUGCUGCUUUUUGAAUUCUUGUGGCUGUUGUUAGCAUCUGCUUUCUUAUAGUCCAGCCUUUUAUGUGCCUGUUUUACUUCCCUAAUAAGAUUGUAAGCCCCUUAAGGGCAGGACUUCUUUGCAUUCCUAGUGCUACUCUUGUGUCCUAUACUUAGUUAUGAACUAGAUAAUAAAUGGUGGUGGCAAUAAUCCUAGUUUCCUAACUCAGAUUGUUUCACAGUAUACAUACAACUUUGUAUGGCAUGCUUGACCAUAUUGUCUGGACCGUGUGUGUGCUCGUGUGCAUGUAUAUAUAUGUGUGUUUGCAUGUUUACACAAAGAGUUCCCACUCUGCUGUUUGCUUGAGACCACAUAUUUGAAGGAUUACCAAAAACCAGUUUUUCUGCUGCAUGCUAUAUGAGGGUAAUUAUGGGAAUAAGUAGAAGACAAGGUAUAGUUUUUCUCCCAGGCCUGGCUGCCCCUUCCAGGGCCAGUGCACCUACAACCUGUAGCUGGUGGCCUGGCAGUGAAGAAGGUGCUGCCUUGGCUAGGACUCAGGUGGGCCUGUGGGAUCAUUGUCUCAUUAGUCCUAAUGUCUGAUCACUGCCCCUCGCUGUUGGCCUUUUUCUUCACAGGCUGACUGUAUUUUGUCUUUCACAGUGUUUGCUACUCUAGGUUGACAAUAGAGUCUUGUUUGUUUAUAUUUAAAUACAUCUCAUUUGCUUCCUUACAUUUUAUACAUGGAUCACAUACUUUUUGGUUGGAGAGCAAUGUAUAUUAGAAAUACUGCAUUGUUUUGGUGUUCGUGAUUAGAAAUUCAUACAAAUAUAAUCACUGGGCUUGUGUAGUUUGAAAAAUAGAUUUGAAAUGUUUCAAAUGCAAGUCAUAGGACUAAGAGCGUUUGAGUAAGUCCUGAUUGAUAAUAAAAGAUCAUAGACAGGAACAAAUAUUUUGUGAAGCUCUCAAUCCCAACAAAAGUAGGUUAAGAGAAGUGGAUAGUUUUGAAGCCAUUGUGGAGCACAGCCUUUGUAAUCUCAGAGGCCAGGGUAGUGCUCGUGGGUUGUACAGGGAGAAUGAAAGCAUCAUCCCAACCAUGGAGAGGAAUUUUUUUAAUGUCAGAGGCUUUGCAUCCUUGUAGGAGAUAAAAAUUUAUGAAUGAUUUUAGAGUGGAGAAAGCACAAUAAAAUGAAAUAUAUGUUAAAAUAAUGAUGAUCUAAACAUACUUUUACCUGUUUUCCUCUGAUAGGAAACAAAAUGCAAUUGUGAUUGGUGACCUUCUGAAACUUGCAAACCCAAACGACGUAACUUCACAGGAAGAAAACUAAACACUUAGUGAAAGUCAUCAUAUCUCAUGGUUUCAAAUAAUCUUUGCAGCCCUAUUCCCUAAGUUCCAGAUUCAGACAUCUGUCACCUGAUUUUAUUUCAUUCCUUUCCAUUUAUAUUAAAUAAUUUAUAGGGUUUUUUAAAGGGAAAUGUAAUUUCUAUUUAUCUUUUUAUACAUCCUCAACCUAUUUUAUAAUUAUCAUUUUUAGGCUGUUUUAGAAUUAUUUCCUAUUUUGAUUUUGUUGAUUUUAGUGACUUUUUGUUAGCAUUAAGUUUCCUCAUGUGUUUUGGGGUUUUAUAUACAAGAUCUUGUUAUUUCUUUCCCUCUUUGCUGGUCUUAUGAUCACCUCCCUAAGGAACUCCAGGUCCUCAAUCUCAACACAGAUAUAUGAUCAAACCCAGGAAUUAAUGCCUAGAAGGGCACUGGGGACAUUGCUCCCAACUCUAAGGAGAUUUUUAUAUUUUAUUAUUCCUUUUCUCUCCUUUUGCUGUUUGCCCAUUUUUCCUGUGUAUUUGAAGCUAUAUAUAUAUAGCUGGUUUUGGUUUUGGUUUGGUUUGGUUUGGUUUGGGGAUAAACUUGCCAAAUCAUCAGAUGUUAAAAAUUCUCACCAUUCCAGAGAAUAGUGAUGUAGGUUCUUCCUCCCCAGGAGAGACCAGAAUUAAGGUGGUAUGUGUAGUGGAGGUGCUAGGUUCUCCAUCUGCCCGGUACUGAUGCCUCUUUUGGAUACUGGCAUUUUCCUUUGGGGGAUGUCUCUGCCCUUUUGGGUACGGUUUUUGGGAGUCUAUGAAAUAUAGUGUCCUUUCGCCAAGCCAAGACUGGGUACAUGAAGAAAUCAAGACAACUGCACUGUGUAGGCUCUCUUCUGUAUGACUGCAUCUUAAUCAGUGGCCCAUAAAGGUGACGACUCUUUAGACUGUUUCCAUUGCAGGGCAACCUAAGUGGUUGACAUGAAGCCCAUAGGACCUUCUGUUUCUUCUUUCUGACCUGACUUUGUAGAAAAUUUCUUUCUUCUAAUAAUAGAGCCAGAAUCUGUUUCUUACACUUGUAAAAUAUGUGCUCUUAUGGAUAUGUGUGUGUGCAGGCAUGUAAUACUCCAGUAUCAUUUUAUAUGCUAUUCUUUCAGCUCAGCAGCUU